UCCCUUCCAACCCAAAGUGUUCUAGGAUUUUGUGGCUCUCUGAACUCAUGUCUGUGAGAUCUCCACUGUGGACACAAUUCAUGUGUUAAGACAACCAUGCCCUUAACAGAGCCAGGUGCAAGUGGGUAGGUGGAGCCUGUAAGUAAAAAAGCAUCCGAAGAAGUUUCAAGAAAUCAUUGCUUCUCCUUGCUACAGGACACUUACAAGGAAGCUGCACCUCGGAGUGGUUGGACCAGGCAGUGACCACUGUUUAGUGAAGCACUUAGGGACCGCGUGGAAGCCCAGAAAAUCAACAGGCCAUGGAUAAAAAGAAUGCAGCCUUCAAACAACAUUCUGAAAAAAACAAAAGUACCCCAAAGAAAGAAGGSUUUUCAUUUUCUUUCGUAAAAACGUUUCCAGAAGUUGCUGCGGUGCCUCUCCCACCAGAACCAGAAGAAGCUGCUCUGAURGUAGACCACCUGUUUGAGAAAAAACCUAACUAUGAGCAGGAGGGCUUGGAGAAAGAGUUUUCUGGGGAAGAGGACAAGGCUGCAGAAAACACCUUGAACAACAAGUAUGAGGAAAAGAUCCGACCCUGCAUUGACCUUGUCGACAGCCUGAGAGCUCUUGGAAUAGAAAAGGACCUGUCUUUGCCUGCCAUUGCGGUGAUUGGAGACCAGAGUUCUGGGAAAAGCUCUGUCCUCGAAGCCCUGUCUGGUGUUGCUCUCCCCAGGGGCCAGGGUAUUGUCACUCGCUGUCCCUUGGAACUCAAGCUCAAGAGGUUACCUGAAGGCCAGGCGUGGCAAGGGAAAAUCUGCUACAGGAAUCUUGCCCUGGAGCUCCAGAAUGCCUCUGAGGUGGACAGAGCAAUAAGACAAGCCCAGGAUGUUGUGGCUGGUUCUAGAGGUGCCAUCAGUGGAGAGUUAAUUUCCCUGGAAAUUCGGUCCCCAGAUGUGCCAGAUCUGACCCUGAUUGAUCUUCCUGGAAUUGCCAGGGUGGCCGUGGGGGACCAGCCAAAAGACAUCGGGGACCAGAUCAAAAUGCUACUUAAAAGAGUUAUUGGCUGCAAAGAGACAAUCAAUUUGGUSGUGGUGCCGUGUAACGUGGAUAUUGCAACAACAGAAGCAUUGAAAAUGGCUCAAGAGGUGGAUCCCAGUGGAGAAAGGACACUAGGAAUCCUCACAAAACCCGACCUGGUGGACAAAGGAACCGAAGAAUCCAUCAUCAAAAUACUGCAAAACAGGGUAAUCCCCCUCAAAAAAGGUUACAUGAUCGUGAAGUGUCGUGGGCAGCAGGACAUCCACAACAAACUGACCUUGGCCGCUGCAAUCCAGCAGGAGAAAAUCUUCUUUGAGAGUCACAAACACUUCAGGGUUAUUUUGGAACAAGGAAARGCCACUAUCCCCCAUCUGGCAGAGAAGCUCACAAAUGAGUUGGUGAUGCACAUUAUUAAAACUUUGCCAGCGCUGGAGAGCCAAAUYCGUGAGACCCUCCAUAAAACCCUACAGAUGCUGCAAAGAUACAGUAGAGGCACACCCAAAACAGAGUCUGAGAAGCUGUUUUUCCUCACUGAUCUGAUCAAACUCUUUAACCAAGACAUCUCUCGGACAAUGAGGGGCGAGGAGCAGCUGUUGGGAGAUGAAAUCAGRCUGUUCACGAAGAUCCGCAAGGAGUUCCGGACGUGGGGAGUUGUUCUCCUGGAGUGUGCUGCAAGGGCUAAGAAAACCGUCCCCAGUAAAGUGUGGAAAUACGAAGAUCAGUACCGUGGGCGGGAGUUCCCAGGCUUCAGCAACUACAGGACUUUUGAGGACAUMAUAAAAGAUCAAAUCACAGAACUGGAGGCGCCAGCAAUGGAGGUCCUGAACAACGUGAUGGAACUGGUUGAAGAUAAAUUUAUGAAACUUGUUGCAAGGAAUUUCACUAAUUUUCACAAUUUAAGCAGAGCUGCCAAGAUGAUAAUUGAAGACAAUAGAGAGACACAAGCAGCAGAGGCUGAAAGACAUAUCCGGGCCCAGUUUAAAAUGGAGAGAAUCGUGUACUGCCAGGAUGACCUUUACAUUUGUGAUUUAAAUGCCAUUAAGGAAGAAAACGCUCCCAACAAUACUGUGGGGAAAGAUCGAGCCAUUUUUGCUCCAAAAGAAGAGCCCUCUGUUGUCACGGAAAUGCUUUCUCACACCAAGGCCUAUUUCUCUGGAGCAAGUAAACGCCUCUCCAAUCAGAUCCCUCUGAUCAUCCUGUCUUCUGUCCUUCAUGACUUUGGAGAAAACGUGCAGACCUCAAUGCUGCAGCUUUUGCAAAAUAAAGAGAAGUUAAACUUUCUUCUUGAGGAGGACACUGAAGCUGCUAAACACAGGAACUACCUCAGCCAACGAGUUGAUCGUCUCACCAAAGCCUGCCAGUACCUGAGAGACUUCAGUUUGUCRUAAUUUCUUUGUUUUUCAGGAGAACUUUUUCCUCCUCUUGUCUUCUAGCAUUACUGAAGAGUUUUCUAUAAUCCCAUAAAAAUGUAAUAUCAGCCCAGACCUUUACCACUAAUUUCUAGUGUUCAGUUUUUCUUUCUUUUCCACAAUCAGUUAUAUGCAAACAGCUGCCUUUACAUAAGGGGCCUCACUGGGGGUGUUGUGAUUAAAUAAACAUUAUCCCGUUUUUAAACAUUUGCGAAUGAACUCUGUGCAACUGAAACACUGAAAUAAUCAUUAAAAAGCUAGCACUCUC